AUAUGUAGUACACUGUAUAUUAGUUAAUUUAAUUCGAAUAUUCAUCAGAAAUGCUGGUUUACAAAAUAUUUCUUGUUAUCGGUAUCUCAAGUUACACAACAGAGGCGUUAUCUCCGGAUAUCUGUAAGCAUUACCCAAAAAUGAAAUGGUGCGUAAUCGAAUACAUGUCGAAAGACCGAUGGGCACAUACCCACAGAUUUUUUUACAACUGGGAGAAGAGAUCCUGUCGAAUGAUUCGUUGGGCGGAGUAUUGCGGCACCGCUCCGCUGUCAGACAAUAAUUUCGAAUCGGAAGCAAUCUGCUAUCUAGAAUGCGGUGGAUGGGCUUAGCGUAUAGCUACAAAAUAAAUUGUGAAGGUUCAUGAAGACAGAACUACUGACAACCAACAUGAUAUUGUCAAAGGAUAUGGGCAAUGAGAUUGGCAAAGCUUGUCUGCGCAAUUUUGUAAUUGAGUUAGAAAAUUGGAUUCAAUGAUGUGUUUCUUAUUACAGUUUAUGUGAAUUUAUAUUUGGAUGCUUACUUUUAGAGUCUGGCUAAUGAGAGGUGUCCCUGAGAAACGCCAAUAAAAAAAAUCUGCUGCUGGUAAUGAUGCACUUAGUAAACGAAGUUGAUUCUGUUAAUUUUGGGAACACUCUAAUGCUUCGAAAUAUAUAAUAUGAUAUCUUAUUUUAUAUUAAUAAUAUCUUAUUUUUCAAAUUAGUAUUACUAUGUUAAUACCUUUUUUUAGAUGAUAAUGUGUAAUAAAUAUAUUAUAUAAUAAAUAAUAAUUUGGUACAACAUGGUUCGUCAUGCGCACUGGAUGAUUUAUUUGCGAAUUGCCCACGCCGUCGUCUGCCGGGUGGUCUUCUUCCGUCAAAUAUGUGCGAAGGGAUCGAUGACUAGUCCAUACGUCAACUCGUGAACGGGUGCUGAUUUGGUGCCAGGUAGACCUGUUCACGAAGCAUCCUUAUACUAAUGAAUUUAAGCUGAAUAGGUUGAUGCAACCAAUAUACAAUAAUUUAUAUUUAUACAGUUUAUUCUUUUUUUUUUUAAUGAAAUAAUUUAUAUUAUUUAAGCGCUAUUCAUAUAUUGAAUGCAGCACCUUACAAACAAAUUUGUUAUGUAUAUUACAACCAUUGAAAUACUCUAUUGAUUGAAGAGUGGGCGUUUCUUGUAUGUUCUUCUCACGAGCUCUACUUUUCCCGAAGAUAAGGUGAAUUCAAAAGCGCUUAGUUUAAACCUAUUUGAUUAAAGUUUCUUUGGCCUUUAGCUAUCUGGUGCUGGAGCCAGAAGGUAGGCAUUAAAACUACGUAAUGCCUAGCUUCUUCAGCCCAUCUGAAAUCAAUAUAUCUUGCUUUAGCAUUAUUCAGGAUUCAUUAAGUUACUUUAUGCGUAAAAUUGUGUGUUCUUAUUUUAAAUUUAU